UUCGGCGGCGAGAACUGCCGAGUCAUCGCCGCGGUCUUCGUCUGCAACUUUGUCGACUGCCGAGGUUGAUGAAGACCUGGUACGUGUCGACGUGUUGCGACUGCUGCAUAUUGUGUUGACAGAUGACUCACUUGGUGCUUGUUGCUCGCGGCUGUUGCAUUCCACCUCCGGUGUUGAGCGUUACCUCGCUCAUGGUCACGCUCCGUCGUCGGUACCAGCGCCAUUCUCUCCAUUGACGCCUACUCCAACUCUUCCCGUCCCGACAGCUCCGUCGACACCAUUCCUAGCGUCGUCUCCGCCGUCCGAGUCCCCGGCUAACAUCGCGGGGUUGGCGUCCAUGCUGGAAGAAUCGUCAGCUGAAUGUUCGGAGCGAGUCACCGCUGUGCUGGGUCCUCGCCUGGAGACCGUCGUUCGGACGAUGCACCUGGAGCCUUCCAUUCGUGGCGAUCGUCACGUGCGCACCCGCUUGCAGCGCGCGCAGUCUCUGGACGAGGUAGCUGCUGCUGCUGUUCCAGUCAACGAGGUCAACGGCGACAAUACCUCGGAGAUAGCUAAUCUCCGCGCUCGAAUCUCCUCUGGCUCAGCUGCCGGGGAGAGAAACUUGCGAAGGAAGUCAUGCUCCAUGAGAACACGAAACAGUUCCGCGGGAUAUCGGUAAAAGAGCUCGAGGCAACCAAGCAAAGUCUCCGGCGUUCUCAGGAAGUAGUUGCCGGAUAUUAUCGAGAGAACACGGUCCUCAAGACCCUUGCCGAAAACCAUCAAGAGGUGUACGACAGGCUGGAGAACCGGGCCAAGAGUGCUGAAGCCACCACGAAGCAGCUCCGGCAACAGCAGGACUCGACGGCCGAGGUGUUCAAGGCUGCUGUUGCUGGGCACACUGCCCAGUCGCGUCGUCUGCAUGAGUUUCUGGCCCAGGCGGACGUGGCCGAGGACUCCGAGUCAGCCCGUCUUCGGCGGCGCAACGCCGACCUCCGCGAGCAGGUGAAGCGGCUGACCUUGGCCAACCGCACUCUCCGCGCUCGGGUGAAGCUGGAGGCUAUGGAUCCAGAUGUCUUGACGCUUGUAGUUGAAGGUUCGUUCCCUCUGGACGUGUCAUCCCUUGUGUACCGUGACUAAUCGUGUUGUUCGUCAUCUCGAUCAGGUCUUUCAUCUGGUGAGCUAGACUGGAGCUUGUUGAAGCUCAGUCAGGAGACACGUGACGCUCUCGUCGGGACAUUGAAUUCUGCCGAUUCUUUGGAACCCGUCGCCGUCACUGCCAAUCGGUUGGCCCGGGCCGCUCAUGACACCGGUCCGGAUCCCAGCGAGGUCUCGCCAAG